AUGUUUAUAUUACUUGGCAUUGAGGCUUCACUCUUGACGAUUUGCUUUAGAAAAAAUUACUUUAGAGUUAAUGAUAAUUUGAAAUUAGCCAUUUUAAUUGCAUGCAAUCUAUUGGUGGACAUUUUGAAUAUUUCAUACAGUAGCAAGGUUUUAGAGUGGGUUCAUGCUUCUAGCAAUGAUUACACCAUAAAAAUUAAAGACCUCCUAGAGGUUUAUUCAAGUUAUGGAUUUUUUUUGAUAGGUCUGCAUAACUUUACAAUACUUUACUACUGCAGUAUAAAAUUCAGUGAUAUGAAGUAUCGUUACGAUAAAAUGCAGGAAAAGCGUAAAAAAUAAAAGGAGAAAAAGGCUUAAGAAUCUUCAAACUAGUAUUUGAUCUUUGAAAGACUAGAGCAAAAGCCAAUCGAAAAGGCUUAUCAGUUACUUUAACAAUUUUAAAUGAGAAUACCGAAAUCUGAAAAACAGGUGCAUCAUGAUUUCGACUUUAUUUUGAAAGCUAUCAAGGAAGCUCUUGAAAACGACAAGAAUUAAAUGCUGUAGAUUGAAAAGCAAACUAGAGGAGCAAAAAGAAUAGGUGACAGAGAGGAUGGGCCUAUGCUUGGUCAAGGCUUAAUCAGAGAUUCGAAUGCGACUUAGAAUCAUAGAAGACCUUAAUAUCUUAGUGAUCAGGAUAACAAUGAUGAUGAACAGCAAUAUUACAGUGAUAUUCAAAGGAGGAUGCUUUCAAGCCAUGCUGGCAGACAUUCAACAUCAAACAAUAGAAUGAGCGUCAGUCUGAGUAAAGAAUUUACGGUAGACCCAAUCAAACUUUCAAAGUAUCUAUCAGACUAUAAUAAAGGCAUAGAGAACUGCUUGAAUAAAUUAGACUCAUUUGAAUUCGAUAUUUUUAAUCUUAGGUCGAUAUCAUCAGGUAAGGAAUUGAUUAUUCUGGGAUAUGAAAUAGCUCAGAGUUAAAAUUUGAUUGAUAGUAAUCACAUGUCUAAGUUUGUAUACCUAAGUUUUCUACAAGGCAUCGCUCAAAGCUACAACAAUGUUGCUUAUCACUCUAAGACUCAUGCUGGAGAUGUGCUCUAAGGGUUGCAUUACUUCUUAAAGACUGGUGAGAUGGCAGAACUUCUAAAGCUGACUCCAGUUGAACACAUUGGUGCAAUUGUUGCUGCGAUUGCACAUGACUUAGAUCAUCCUGGGUUUAACAAUUAAUUUUUAGUUUCAACCAGAGAUGAAAUAGCCCUCUUAUAUAACGAUCAAAGUGUGCUUGAAAAUCAUCAUGUUGCUUAAACAUUUUUGCUAUUAAGGCAAGAUGAAUUAAAUAUAUUCAAGAGAUUUAGUUAAUAAAAUCAGAAUAAAAUCAGAGAGAUUAUGAUCAAGAUGGUCCUUGCCACUGACAUGUUUUAUCAUGCGUCUAAUAUGUAAUAGAUGCAAAAGAUCAUAGAAAAGACUUCGCAUGAUCCCUCUGUUGAAAUAAGCAAUAAUCAAGUGUUGAUUUCAGAAGAAGAGUUGUAGUAAAAUAAAAUAUUCUUGCUUGGCUAAUCCUUACAUUUUGCAGAUAUUAGUAAUCCUUGCAGAGAAUGGUCGGUAAGCUCACGUUGGACAGACUUGGUAUUCAGGGAGUUUUUUUACUAAGGUGAUUUAGAAAGGUCUAUGAAUUUACCAAUCUCAAAUCUAAUGGAUAAGAAAACCGUAAAUAUUGCUUAGUCACAGCUUGGCUUCAUUAAUUUCUUAGUGUUACCUGUUUUUUCUGAAUACUCAAAAAUCUGUAGAAACUGCGAGCCACUUAUAUUAUAAGCUUAGAUAAACAGAAGAAAAUGGGAAGGCUUGAAAGAUGUGUUUGAAAUGCAUAAAGAAGCCUAGCUAAGACAAAUGAACAGUGGCGAUAUUACUGGAAUGGAAGAUAUUUACUUUAGUUAUGAUAACUACUUGAAGAGAAGAAUGGCAAAUAAUUCAAAUUAACAAAAUUCAACCUCUGCUGCUAGUAACCAUUCACCCAAUUUCAUGAAUCAUGCAGGAUCUUCUCCAAAUCAUUCUAAGCUUAAUAUUAGUAGUAGGUAAUAAUCCAACUAAAGACUCAGUUUUCUAACUCGAAAAUCUUCAAAUAGAAGCAAGAAUUCGAAUAACAGACAAAUAAUAUAUAAUUAAAACACCCUUUAAGGAAGUGAUAAAAAUGCUGGAGUAUUUGUGCUAUAAGAAGAGAGAUCAGACGAAUCAUCCUCAUCGGAUUCACUCCAGAGUCCAUAAAAAGAGAACACUGGCAUAGGUGCAUCAUAUAGAGAUAAAGAGGUAGAGAAUCUUAAAGUACCUUUAAAUGACUAAAGCCUAGAAGAUGACGAUGACGAUGACGAUGACGACGAUGAUGAUGAAGAUGAAGAUGAUUAUGAUGAUGAAAAAGGAAGACAAUACAAAAGUCAGGAUGAUUAGGAUGAGGAAAACUUAGCAGAUAAUAGUUAUAAUAAAUAUUACGAUAGAAAGUUAUCCUCAAAAUCAGACUAAACAUCAAAAAUAGUUGGUUGGAAACAGUCUAACAAGAAUUCAGAUUAAUAGAUUAAUAGCCAUAGAUUCUAGAUGAAAAGGGACACGGCAAAGGAAAUAUCUACAAAGAAGAUAGCUGAGAUUAGUAUAUCAAUGUCUAAGGAUUACAUUAAUGAGGAAUCUUUGGAUAGAAUAAUAGUUGACAAAUAAAUAAAUAAUCAGGACAGUUAAAACUAAAAAAAGAGCAACAUCAAAGGAGAGAAGAAAAAAUAAAAAAUACAUGGAAAUAAGUUAUCACUAAUGGGAAGAUCUUAGCAUCCUGAUAAACACUAAAUAAUUAUUAAAAGAGAAUCCAAACCUAUUAAUAAGCAGAUGAGCUGA